AUGUUAAGUCUAUUAAUAACCAUUGCUCAUUCCUAUUCAGUAAGUUCCACAGGCUACCAUUAUGUGAAUAUAUCAAGCUCAGGCACUGAGAUUACAUUCAAUCUUGAAUCCGUAUCAGAUUACGAUUAUUAUCUAGUAUUUGUCGAUAGUCCAAUAUAUUUAAUAAUUGAUGAUACAGUUUUAAGUAACAGAGUCUACAAGCUCCAAUCCACAUAUGGAACAUAUACAAUUGCAAGUACUACUGGCGAAUCAGCUGAAUUUGGAGCUUUUCUUAUCGCAAAAACAUAUGAUUUUCUUGAAUUCUGGAUUAAACCAGCUUCAGAAUCAUACACAAUGACGCAAGAUACAUAUUCUACCACUCAAGAUUGUUAUUUAAUUAUUCUCGAUUCUAAUACGUUUAAUGUAUAUUUAACAAAAAACGGCGAUAGUAAUGACGUUUAUUAUUCAGUUUCUGGUGGUAAGCCAAAUACCUUGUUAACAUCUAGCGGACUUUAUAACAAUAAGGCUGUUACACUAAAUUAUAAACAAAAUAAACAAACAACAGCUUCCCAAACUUAUUCAAUAUUAUCAUAUUAUCUUAACACAAUCUAUAACUAUCAAUUAUAUGACGAUAGUAAACCGAAACGUACAUUUUCAACCGGAACCACUAUUGGAUAUUUUCCUUCCCCGAUGAGUGGUGGCACAUCCUCUGGUUCAUCUAUUUCACUGGGAUUAAAUUCAUUUUCCAUUUCGACGAGCACUACAUAUUCAAUUCCAGUAAGUACAUUACUUGUUUUCACUAAAUCUGAUUCUAUUUCCGGCGAAGCAAUUUGUGGUUCUGAAUCUCUUAGUAUUCUUGGUUCAUCAGGUAUCAAAGCUAUUGCAUUUUUAAAUAAAGGUACACUUAUGUUAACAUCAACAAGUGGAACAAAAACAUGUAAUUUUAUCGCUUACGACUAUUCGCACAAAGUUUAUUAUUGUAAUCAUGUAACAAUCAUUUCCGGUACAGUUAAAUACACGGUGAGUGUUGGAGGCAGUGAUACAUAUUGCGUUGUAUCUGCUUUCUCUGAUGGGCAUCUUGAUAUUGAUUCGGAUGGGCAAACUCAUUUUUCAUUUGGUGUAGAUAAAACAUUGGUAUAUGAUAAAACAGAAUCUGAUCAACAUAUAACUAAUCCUGUUAUAACAUAUGUAAGAAGGGAAAAACAUAUGCCAACAAGAUCGAGUUUGAAUUAA